AUGCAGCCCCUUCCGCGCCUAUUUCGACAAUCCCUUCGAGCGGGAGCCGCCUUCGCUAAAGCACCGUCGCCUACAACCUCGGCGUUCUUCUCCAUUAGACUUGCGUCGCGAACCUCGUUUCGUUCGUCCAUAUGCCCACAAUGCGAAUUUCGAGUGCAAACGAGGUUUUAUUCCGUCAAAGGUGAUGGGAUAGGUAAUGAACAUGGAGGCGAUGGUUUAAAUGGCCAGCAUCCCAGGAAUCAGAGCCCAGAGUCGCCUCCACGGUCGAGAAACGACCUGGCCGACAAACCCCAGGGCGGUCAUAAUUUGCGUGAAGAUGGCCCAAAAUCAGAGAAAGGUAGCCUGCCUUCGCACUGGGAGAAUCGACGCUCGGAAAUGUCGAAACAAUUUUCCCUGUUGAUGGAUAAUCUACAGUCAAACAUAUUUAUCGCGAAUAGACACCUAAACGACUUGACGGGAUACUCUGCUAUUGAAAAAUUAAAAAAGGAAAUUUCAUUCCAGGAGGACCAUGUUCAACACACGCGCGCACACGUUCGCGAGGCCAAGGACGCAUAUUCAUCUGCCAUAGGCCGUCGCUCUGCUUCUCAGCGAGAAGUCAACGAACUUCUCCAAAGAAAGCACGCAUGGAGUCCCGCAGACCUCGAACGAUUUACCUCACUCUAUCGCUCUGAUCAUGCCAACGAGCGAGCCGAGACCGAAGCCCAGGAGGCUCUUGUAGCCGCUGAGCGCGAGGCGGAGGAAGCAGCAGCCCUUCUGAGCAAAAACAUCUUGUCUCGAUACCAUGAGGAACAAAUUUGGUCCGACAAGAUUCGGCGGAUGAGCACAUGGGGCACAUGGGGCCUUAUGGGGGUCAAUGUGCUGCUUUUUUUGAUUUUCCAGAUCGCAGUUGAGCCCUGGAGGAGAAAAAGGCUGGUGAAAGGAUUUGAAGAAAAGGUGAUGGAUGCUCUCGAGAAGGAGCGAAUAGUGGAACCGAGUCAUACUGUUGCAACAGCCCAUCAUACGGCUGAAAUUUCCCAAGUCCCAACUCAAUCUCAACAGUCUGAGGAAGAGCUCCCGCCUGAUAUCGAGCCGGUGCAGCGGACGGAACCGAGCUCUGUACCAGGAACUACAGCCACUAUCACAGCUACGCCUCCUGAUACCGUUUCUGAGAAAGAAACUCAAGACGAAAUGCAACUCGAACUCGAGCCUGAACCGGAACCCGUUUUGGAACCCCAAAUUACGGCCAUUUUUCCUCCUGAACUUUCCUUGUCCCCUGAUACCUGGCAACAGACCUUCCGGGACUUGUUCAGCAGUCGUCGUGUGACCUUGUCUCAGCGGGAUUUAACAACAGUAGCGCUAGAAAGUGCAGCGGCUGGUGCUGCUGUUAUGGGUGUGCUGAUAGCCGUUUUUAGGCCUCGAUGA